UUGGCAAGCCUAAAUGGCAAGUGUCACCACGCCAGUGUUCCCCCUCUAAUCUAAUCCUGAAACCAAAAAAUCCCACCACUCCUAUUCUACUUUGUAUGAAAAGCAUAAAUAAAAAUAAAAACCAGCAAGAAAAACAAUAAAAAGCUUCGAUUUUCUUUUCCUUUCUUGUCCAAUUUCCAGCAGAGCUCUCAACAAUCAAGAACUGAGAACAAGAAGAAGAUAUGGGAAGAAUCUUUGUGGUAGAAUUAGAGGGAAGGUCUUACAGAUGCAAAUUUUGUGCAACCCAUUUAGCCCUUCCCAUUGAUCUGGCUUCAAGAUCUUUUCAUUGCCGCAGAGGAAAGGCAUAUCUCUUCAAUAAAGUGGUGAAUAUAACAGUUGGAGCCAUGGAGGAGAGAAUGAUGCUUUCAGGAAUGCAUACUGUGGCGGAUAUAUUUUGCUGCUGUUGUGGACAAAUUGUUGGCUGGAAAUAUGAAGCAGCACACGAGAAAAGCCAAAAGUACAAAGAAGGAAAGUUUGUUCUUGAAAGAGGGAGAAUUGUUGAUGAGAUGGACUUGUCAUCUGGAGUCUUUAUUGACACCCAUUCCGGUAUGAGUGACGCUGAAGACUCGUAGGAUAUAACUUCAUUUGUCUAAGUAAUGAUGUAAAAUAAUAUGGAAGUAGGAAGAAAAGCUACUUCCUUUUGUACAUACAUGGAUUGCUUUGUCAUUUUAAUAUAUAUGAGCACCUACUGUUGCUACAAAUGGAGUUUAGUAGUCUUUAAUUCUCA